UCCUCGCGCCGGGCCGCUGCCGCCGCCCCCGGCUCCGCGCUGCUGCCCGCCCGGCCUCUGCUGUCGCUCGGGCUGCUGCAGCUGAUCCUGGGCUGCUGCAUGGUGGCGCUCAGCUUCGGGGCGCUGUCGCUGAGCAGCUCCCCGCAGGUGAAGAACUCGUGCCCGUUCUGGGCCGGCUCCUCGGUGAUACUCUCUGGGAUCAUAGGACUGACAACUUGGAAAAGACCUAUGAUACUGCUGGUCAACCUCUUUGUGCUGCUGUCCGUGGUCUGUGUCCUCCUAAAUCUGGCUGGAUUCAUCCUUGGCUGCCAGGGGGCCCAGUUUGUGGCCAGCGUGCCCAGGUGUGAUCUGGUGGAUUUAGGUGAAGGCAAGAUUUGCUUCUGUUGUGAAGAAUUCCAGCCAGCCAAAUGUACAGACAAAGAAAAUGCCUUGAAACUCUUCCCUGUUCAGCCGUGUAGUGCCGUUCACCUUCUACUUAAGAAAGUCCUCUUCGCCCUGUGUGCCUUGAACGCCCUGACCACCACCGUCUGCUUGGUGGCAGCCGCCCUCCGCUACCUCCAGAUAUUUGCUACCAGAAGAUCCUGCAUUGACGAAUCCCAGAUCUCGGCUGAGGAAGUGGAAGAACAUGGCCAGAUCCCUGACCCCGACGACUUUGUGGCUCCUGUGCCUCCGCCUUCCUACUUUGCUACCUUUUACUCAUGUACACCCCGGAUGAACCGCAGGAUGGCUGGUUCUGAUGUCAUCCCACUCCCACAUAUCUACGGAGCACGGAUCAAAGGUGUGGAGGUGUUCUGCCCUCUGGAGCCCCCGCCACCAUAUGAAGCCGUGGUGAGCCAACUGGACCAGGAGCAGGGACGUUUUCAAAUGGCUGAGAGAUCAGAAGCUGCUGUGAGCCCAUUGGAGCCUGUCUGCACACAAGUGACUCAAGAUGGGGACAUUCCUAACACACCUGGAGAAGAAAGCACGUCUGUGUCGACCCCCAGCUCAAGUCUGGCGCAUCCUGCAAGAGGGCGAAGACCUUUCCAGCCCCUGAGAACAAGAUCAAAGAGCGAUCCUGUGCUCCAUCAUUCCGAGGAGAGAGCCAUCCCUGUGCUGAGCUGUGAAGCUGCCACACAGACGGAAGGCCGGCUGGACCUGGCUGCGGUGACUCUGCGGAGGGGCCUGCGGUCGAGACCUUUGCGAACCAGACCACGGUCUUUAAUAGAUUACAAAUCCUACAUAGAUACCAAACUGCUGGUGGCCAGGUUCCUGGAGCAGUCCUCGUGCAGCAUGACGCCAGACAUCCACGAACUGGUAGAAAACAUCAAAUCCGUCCUGAAGUCGGAUGAGGAGCACAUGGAAGAAGCCAUCACCAGCGCCAGCUUUCUCGAGCAGGUGAUGGCCCCUCCACAGCCUGGUCCUGCCCGGGCCCCGCUGCCCCCGCGGAGACCAGCUGGCCUGCUGCACCUGCGGAGCUGUGGGGACCUCAGCACCUUCGUCCCCGCGGGGAGGCCCAGGGCCGAGAGGAGGCCCCGGCGAGCAGAGGCCGAGCGGCCACACAGCCUCAUCGGGGUCAUCCGAGAGACCGUGCUGUGA